AAACUAGUACAAAAUAUCAAAAGAAGAUACCGAUUGUGUUAAGAUUCUCAUUGACUUAUUUUUAUGUGAAACAAAAAUAGUUUUUGCCUUUUGUGGUUGACGAAACAAUUUUUUUAUAGAAAAAAUUGAUUUAUAGAACUUUUGGAAUGGACAUUUAUGCAGUCAAUGAUGAAUUAAUCGCAACACUUACCAAGUCCGAAAAGAUAGUACCUAUAUCGAAGGCCUUCAAACUAUGUGAAACAAACGCUGACAAAGUGAAAUUUGUUGAAGACCUACUCGUAGAGUAUGAUCGCAUUCCGAAAUGUGACCUACGCAAUGCCAAAAACAACAACCGGUCGAAGGAGCUAAGACAAAAAGGAAAUGAGUUAUUUGCCCAACGCAAGACAUUUGAGGCACUUGAGCUGUAUAAUCAUAGUAUCUGUCUGGCGGACACUAAGGAAAACUGUGAAGAGUUGGCCAUUGGAUAUGCCAAUCGAUCAGCUGUUUAUUUCAAAUGGAAGAUGUAUGAACAGUGCGGUCAAAACAUUGAGUUGGCCAAAAAGGCUGGUUAUCCAAAACGACUUAUGGACAAGCUGCUAAAAAGAGAAACCGACUGUUUGGAGCACAUUAACAACGAAUUCAAGCCGGCACAAAAUAAUUAUGUUCCACAAUUGCAAAUCGAAGCCAAUCCACAGAUUCCGUUUAUUGCCAAUUGUUUAGAGAUGCAAGAGAGUCAGGAAGAAGGGCGAUACAUUACAACGAAUAUUGAGCUGAGUCCUGGCGAAGUAGUAGCAAUCGAAGAACCGUACGCUGUGUAUUUACAAAAUACCAGCCGAUACCACAGAUGUACCAACUGUCUCGCUGAGAAUAAUCUCAAUUUGAUUCCGUGUCCACUCUGCACCAAUGCCAUGUUCUGUUCAGAGGGUUGCUUGAAGCAAGCCUACGAGGAGCAUCACCAAUUUGAGUGUCCCAUUAUCGACUGUCUAGCGACACUUUUUAAUAAAAUACACAUGACCGCCUUACGAGUCACACUGAAGGCUUUGCAGUCAUUUGAAUCGAUCGACGAGAUGAUGCAAUUUUGUAGAGAAAACGAAUCUUCAAAUGCAACGACAUUUUCGUUGGAUCAUACCAGGAACUUAAGUGCUUUGGAGCGUUACAAACCGAUCCAUUGUUUAGCAACAAAUGAAGAAAAACGAAAAGCAUCCGAUCUAUUUCAAAGAGCUACCAUCGCUGCUGUGUUGAAGAAUCAGUUGCUGAAACACACCAAACUGAAGGACAUCCUAACAACCGACGACAGUCAAUCGGCAUUCGUUGAAAUUUUGUACCGACAUUUACAGACUGCUCCGACAAACUUUCACACAUUAGAUUUAGCGGAGACACCGUCAAUGGCCGGAAUAGAAUACGCCAACGGUGCCUAUCCAUUUUGUAGUUUGCUUAAUCACUCGUGUGCUCCAAAUAUUUGUCGAAUGUCAAUCGGCCGAAAAAUGAUGGUAUUCGCGUUGCGCGUGAUUCAACGGGGAGAACAAUUGUUCGAUAAUUACGGCUACCAUCACUGUAUGAUGACGAAAGAAAACCGUCAAGAAUCAUUGAUGUUCCAAUACAAUUUUACAUGUAAUUGCUGUGCAUGUCGUAACGACUAUGGCACCAUAAUAGAAUUGCCAAUGGCUCCGAAUAUGCCGGAUAUUCAUUCGGAUAGGGAUAUAGAGAAAUUGACUUUACUGGAUGAGGAAUUCGCCUCGAACAAUCUGAAACGAUAUUGUCAAUACUUGAAGAAUUUCGACAGUCACUAUCCUUGUCGGCAAAUCGCUGAGGCUCAAGAAAAUUUGAAAAUGUGCCUGCACAUCUUAGUGGCGAACUACUCACUGAAGGCAAAGCCGGAAAGAUUUUAGAGUUUUUAUGAAGUAUCAAUCAUGCCAAUGAAAUGGAAAUCUCAUGUCGAAAUUACGACAAUAAAUAGGGAAAAUAAACGUCUUCGACAAACAAA